AUGAACAUUGGUCGUGUCCUGCUUCGAGAUGGACACAAUGUAUGGCAUGAGAAAGUGGCUACAGUCAAGAAUAAUGCAUUAAUAUUACAUUCACCGUCUUCUUCUUGGGAUGCAGCAGCUUCUGUAGCCAUCCGCUUGUCAAAGAAGAUAAAAUCCAAGCUCCAGCACAAGUUUAAACCCAAAUUGACGAAAGAAUGCAGUCAAUUGAAAGCGCUGGAGCUUGUGGAAUUGCUGCCAUUGGAUGGUUCAUUACAGUGUGAAGAUAUUGUAGUAUCAUCAGCUCAUCGGCAUGCCGUAAGGCUUCAAGACGUGCGUUCAGGCCGUGAGUUUCUCGUGGAUGUCACUACCAAAGGGAAAAAACAAAUGUGGAUCGAUUUAUUUACAAGUGCUCAGAAUAGAGACACUAUCAAUACAAGUUACCAUAGAGACGUACCACAAGUAGACUCAGACGAUAUAGGACACGUUGUGAGGUGUGUACGGAUGUUGACACUGGGGGAUCGGCAGCAAGGAGUAAAUAUGUUGGUAACUGCGACUAAAAGUAACACAGCAAUGACAGUUUUGAGAGGCUACGAUGUGGAGGAUAUUUUACUUGGAGACGGAAGUGCGGAAAAUUUUACAGCGGACGAAGCAUCGAUAAUUGCUAAGAAACUGGUGGAGGAUGACGUGUUGCUACCGUUUUGUUGCUCGUGCAGCUUGGUGUAUCGUGCUGACAGGGUGUAUUGUGUAAACACUAACCAUCAUUUGGUGAAGCAUGAUCUCCAUGUAAGCGUUAAUGACAAACAAAAGCUGGUCGAUGAAGGUCUGUCGGAUGGAAGUGGAUAUAGUCGGGGCCAAUUGUUGUCGCUGCAUGAUAGCGCUUUUCAAGACGUGCUCGCGCUAUUUGAUCGACUGCUAUGCAAGGAUCUUGAGAAAGGCAUUUCAGGGACGGACUGUAUUAACGCACUGCUUCAGUUUGGAGCGUAUAACGCCCCAACAGCAAUUGAAUUGGCAAAUGACUUGUUGUGUCAUGAGUUCAUAGUCGAUUGUUUUUCCAGCAACGAAAGUAAAUCUAAAGCAUUGUUCCAAAUAAGCUCUACUGCCAGAUACAAGAAAGUUUGCCGAGAAAUCACAAAUGAUGUUGUUGACCAUUGUGGCAUUAAGAAGCAUCGAUUAAGCCGAGUAAUCGUCUCGAGCGAGCGGGAGGACCGGUGUGAGUUAGAAGUGAAGGCACAUAACCUCAAGGAGGACAACUCGCGACUCUUCAACCUUUGUGGCUUCUGCUGCGUGUUGCUGCUCGUUGCGCUAGUCACCACUGUAUUGUUACCGCUUUCACUAAACGUCAGUCUUGUGGCAGGAUUGUUGUUAUGGCUAUCUCUGAGUGGCAUCUCAGCUCCGUUAUCCUUUAAUUUCGAACCACGCAGUCACGCAGAAGACGUCAAAGUAUCUCAAUGGAGCAAUGAAAGAAGACAAAAGAGAAUGGAUCCAACUCGCCAAAGUGCGCUGAUGGACAGUCAAAGUGAGUCAACUUUACCCACAACAAUGAUCACAAAAAGAAAAGACUCAGCAGGAGCAAAGCUCAUGCGCGAAAAAGCAAUGAAUCCGACUGCUAUCGUGCUGACUCAAGCUCAAAAAGCUGAAGUCCAUUCAUUUCGACUGGCAAUUGAGCAGGCUGCAUCUGUUCCUGCUGAGGCGACUGCUGUAUUUUCGGACGAGUAUCUUUUCAGUGUACUGUGCGUAAAAAAUCGUGCAUUUGCGUACGCUGUAGCCAAAAUGGCACGCGUUCUUCAGUGGCGACACAUGUACAACGUGGACAGUAUUGAGUGGACUGACGUGAAAUCACAGUUGGUGUCUGGCAGUAUGUAUUGGUAUGGGUACGAUUUCCGGAAUCGCCCCAUCUUAUGGGUGCGAGCGAAGCUGAAAGACUGGACAACAAUGUCAAGUCGACGUGAGGUGGAGAUUCGUGCACACGUGUAUCUGCUGGAGCUCGGUUGUCGUCAUUUCAUGCCACCUGGAGUCACGACGUUUACAAUCGUGACAGAUUCUACUGAUUUGGGCAUGGCACAGAUGGACCUUCGUCUCAUGAAGGGGUUGCUAAAUGUAUGUGUCGCAAACUUUCCCGAUCGGAUUGGUCUUCUCCACGCUGGUCCAUUGACGCGGGUUCUCAAGUACAUUACAUCGUGGAUGUGGCCGUUACUUCCAGUGCGUCUACGUGCCAAAGUUUCUCUCAUGCGUGAUUGCGUUGCCGAGUUAACGAAGCACAUGGACAGCAAGGUAAUUCCAUUGCAUUUUGGUGGUACUGUCAUGCAUAACCUUUGUGCACCAUGCACAAGCCCUACCAAAGCUGAUGAUAAGAUGGACAUAAACUACAUGUGUGACCAGCAAAAGCGAUUUAUGGAAGAGCUUAAGAUUUAG